AACGUCUCCGAGUUCGUGGCCGAGACGGCGAAAAAAUCCAAGGAGUUCGCCGCCGAGGUUUCCACCAAAGCGGAUCAGCUCAAAGUCGUUGCGUUGAAGCAAGCUGAUCAGAUCCAGAACAUUAAAUCUAUUGCCGACAUUAUACCUCCGUUUGGGGGAGGAUCAGGAUCUGGUGGUGGUGGUUCUGUGAUCUCUGAAUCUGAGCUUGUUAGCUUUGGUAUUACCGAUGAUUUGAGAGAGUUUGUUAAAGGUUUGACGUCUGCUACGUUCCAGGCUUUUCCUGAACAAGAUGAAUCUUCGGAAGUUUCUUAUUUGGAAACAAGUGCGUCUAAUGUUCGGAAGGAUCUUUCGGAGUGGCAGGAGAGGCAUGCCACUCUUGUUCUUGGUUCCGUUAAGCAAAUUUCGAAGUUAAGAUAUGAGUUAUGCCCACGAGUCAUGAAAGAAAGGAGGUUCUGGAGGAUAUACUUUACCUUAGUGAGCACUCAUGUUGCACCAUAUGAGAGGAAGUACAUGGAGGAACUUAGGAACAAAGCAGAGAGUAAAGAGGAAGAAGCUAAGAAGAGCCCAGGGGUUGAAGGGACAGAAACAGGUGAAAAGAAUGUCACAAAAAGCAGAACAUCUACUGCAUCCUCUGAGCAAGAUCUUGACACAUUCCUCCUGGGAGAUUUAGAAGACAGUGACGAAGCUCCCGAUGAUGAUGAUAAUGGUGAUGAUGGAGGAAGCCUGGGUGAUGAUGACUUCGACAAGAUUGGCAACUCUGAUGCUGAAGAAGAAAAAGAAACAAAUGCAGCAAAAGCCUAGAAAUAUAUUAGUUUUGUUACACCCAAUUGUGGAGAAGUAAAUGAGGAUGGUAUAUGAUCGAUCUGUUUCAUCAUCAGUGUAUAGCUUUUGCUUUGGCGAAGAUGCAAAAGAACGCAUUUUAUUCAUUCGAAUUCGCAGUUUAUUGAAAAAAAACGAGACUUCUUUUUU